GGGGUGAGCCAGGAGCGAGCCAUGGCGUCUUCACAAAACAGCGAGCCAGCUCCGGAUGACGACAUCGUGAACCAUUCACUGCCGCAAAUACAUCAGGCCUUGCUGACGGCUGCGUGUCUCUGCUGUCCCCAUGAUCCCACACGGUUCUUGGAACGUAAACUGGCGGCCUUCCAGGGACAUCACAGUCUUCGAGACCUCGACUGGGGAUGGAGGAGGUUGACUGCAAAGAGGAAGAGGGGUGCUGAACUGGAGCGGAAGGGGGACAUGGCAGGGAGGCGCUACGAGAGGGGCCGGCAGAGGCGAGCGCUCGCCACAUGGGUGAACUGGCACCAGAGUCGCAAGAGGACACAGGCUGCUGCCAUUGAGAAACUCCGCAGAGUUUCCGAGGCCGUGUGCUUCAGACGUGUCAUAGUUGUGUGGUGCAAUGCUGUGAAGGAGUCCAAGAGGAAAAGAGAGUACUUUCAGCUGGAGACAGGUUUCCUAGAAAUGGAGAGCAGAGAACAUCAGACCGGGGAGGCAUUCGACAGGCUUUCCAUGCUCCCCACCAAGCUCUCGCUAAAGAUCUUUCAGUAUCUACAACUGCAAGACAGACUAAGAUGUGCUGAGGUGUGCUGCACAUGGAGAGCUCUUUCCCAUUCAGGCUCACUGUGGAGUCAGAUCAACUUCUCUGCAGAGAGAACCUGGAUCACAGACAGCAUAGUGAAGCAGAUCCUACAGAGGUACCGUCCAUUUGUGAUCCACCUCAACCUGCGCGGAUGCACGUCUUUAAAGUGGACCGCCUUAACGUGCAUCGGUGAAUGCAGAAAUCUCCAAGAACUCAACCUGUCAGAGUGCUCCAACAUCAAUGUUACGAUGCUGCAGGGAGUUGUUGAGGGCUGUCCCAACCUACUGUACCUGAACCUGUCCUGCACGCUGGUGACAGAUGGAGCUCUGAGGGCGCUAUCGAGGGGCUGCGUGAACCUUCUGUACCUGAGUCUAGCCUACUGCUGCAAGUUCACCGAUAAAGGCUUACAGUACCUGAGCACCGGGAAGGGCUGCCACAAUCUCAUCCACCUCGACCUGUCCGGCUGCACUCAGGUGACAGUGGACGGGUUCAGAUACGUAUCUGCCGGAUGCCCUUUGCUCAAAGCUAUCGUGAUCGAUGACAUGCCUACGCUGUCGGAUGGCGGCGUUGUGGCUCUGGUUGCCAGGUGCCACGCUCUGUGUGCUGUCUCCCUACUGGACACGCCUCAUCUGUCAGACGUCGCCUUCAAAGCCAUCGCUGAGAAGGCCCAACUUGAGACUUUUAGCACAGAAGGUAAUAGCCAUGUGACAGACGUCAGCUGGAGGGCUCUGUGCCACAGCUCUCGAAACCUCUGCAGGCUCUGUGCCGCAGAAUGCUCCAGGAUGACUGACAGCAGCCUCAAGUCUAUGGCCACCUUAAAAAACCUGCAGUACCUGGACAUCUCACACUGCAACAGGGUGGGGGAUAGGGGGGUGAGCUACUUGACUAAAGGUUUCUCAGCCACCAAACUGCGAGAGCUGAACGUGAGUCGCUGCAGCCGCAUCAGUGACAACUCUGUCAGGUGGAUUGCUCAGAGGUUGACUAAACUGAACCACCUCGAUUUGAGUCACUGUAAAAGCCUGACUGACAGCAGCUUAGAGUGUCUGAGCGGCAGCUCCAUCUCCUCUCUUGACAUAAGUGGUUGUAACAUUCAGGAUAAGGGUCUGAGCGCUCUCAAGGGAGUUUGCUUGAAGAAGCUGGUUCUUGCAGAGUGCGUCUACAUCACAGACGUUGGUAUAGAGAAGUUGUGCAAGAGGGUGAGAGAUCUGGAGCACCUCGACGUGUCUCACUGUGUAACACUAACUGACCAGGCCGUCAGAGCUCUUUCCUUCUACUGCACAGGUCUGCUCACACUGCGGAUGGCAGAUUGUCCAAAGAUGACGGAUAUGGCCACACAUUAUCUGACAGGUGGAGCUCACUACUUGCGAGAACUAGAUGUAAGCGGCUGUGUGCGUCUCACAGAUCGCACCCUGUGCCUCUUAGAAAGUAACUGUCCCCCGCUCGGCUCUGUUACGAUGGCCUUCUGCAGCGGCAUAUCCAGGAUCGCAGCCUUGAGACUGCGGCCACGUGUGCAGUACUGGGAGCACAGCAGCGAUGACCCCCCUUACUGGUUUGGCUACAACACGAGCCAGAUGAGAGGACCAGGGAACACUGGGGAUGAGGAGGAGUCACCGCUCAGCGAGGCCCAGAGCAGGAAUUUUAAUGAUAGUACAGACAGACCUGAAUUACUCAUUACUUUUUAUUAAAAGUCGAGAUUUAACUAAGCAUUCUGACAACCACCAGUUUUGUGUUUAAAUGAUACUUUCAGUACGCACAUGAAUAACACGGUCGUUUGGUAACAACAGCUUAUUCUAGCAACAUGAUGGGCGCACCGCAGGGGUGCGUUCUCCCCCCCAGCUUUUUGUUUUGUAUGGACCGCUGCAGGGCUUCUAAAGAGGGCAGCUACCUCCUGACAUCCUCGGACCAUGACUUUUGUCUCUUCAUCAGGGCUCUGCGCCCUGCCUGCCUUUGCUGAUUGGUGCGAUGGCAACUCCCUCGACAAAAACCAAGGAACUUGUCAUUGAGUUUAGGAAGAACAGUGAUAAACCCAAAGCUAGCACUACACAUGGCGAGGGUGUCACAACUGUUGACACUUAUAAGUACUUGGGAACCGUGUUCGACUCCCAGCUCAAGUUCGACGUGAACACAGAUUUAAUUGUCAAGCGUGGACAACAAAGAAUUCACUUCCUGCGGAAGCCGAACUCCUUUAAUGUCUGCAACACCGUCCCACGUAUUUUCUAGUCAAGUCAGUUUUAUUUGUACAGCCCAAUAUCACAAAUGACAAAUUUGCCUCAGGGGGCUUUACAACAACACAACAUCCUGUCCUUAGAUAACAACUCCCUAAAAACCUUCAACAGGGAGAACAAACAGGGAAAAAGCUCAGGGAGAGCACCAGAGGAGGCUCUCUCUCCCAAGACGCACAACGUGCAACGAUGUUGUGUUCACACCAUUUACACAAUACAACAUGGAAUAUGAUGAGCAGGAUGCCAAGCGGUGUCCAGACGCCACCGGAACAACCCAGAACCCGAGCCACACGACCAGGCAUUUAUUGAAAGUCUUGUGACUCGUUCCUUUAUUUGCUGGUUUACUGGGUUGUGUGCAGGACAGGAACAGCCUACACAGUAUGGUUCAGCUCUGCUCCCAGAUAACGGGAGUCCAGCAGAGAGAGACUUGUGCUCCCUCUGAGACAAAAAUGUGGCCCAGAAAGCAGAAGGAAUUAUUAGCCAAUCUGACCACGUCCUGUCUAGUGAAUUCACUGCAAUGCCCUCAGGCCGGCGAUAUAGAGCGCCCCCUAGGAAAACAAAUCGCUAUUCUAAGUCCUUCAUUCCUUCUGCUAUCAGGCUGUUAAAUGCCCAGAGUAGUCAUUUUAAAUGAACGCUUUAUCUUAAACCACAACACUUGGUUUAUACCUUGUCUUGUUUCUCACAUGGCUUCUGGGUCUGUACGUUCACUGACUGCAGUGGUGGAAUGUACCGUGCAACGCAUCUUAGGAUGCUUUAUCUAUUUAUUUAUUCUUUUAACUUAUGUGAAUUU